CUCACUUUAAGCCAUUACAGAGUAUUAGUGUACAGUCUGUACUGAUGAUCAUCACGAUCCAAAGCAGAAAGCAAAUCAGUAGCAUACAAGCAUAACAACCCAUUAACUUAAAAUUAAACUAAUCAAAAAGCCUUUAAUUUAGCUUUAGGGUUCUCUUAAACAAUAUCUCUCUCUUACUCUGCUGAUCACUCAUCAUCAUCAUCAUUUUCUCAAAACUUUUCACAUGCCCCAAUUCAUUACACCCUCAGUUUCAAAUUUCUCAUACAAUAAUUAUUAUCUAGGAGCCAUGGAAUGCUAAUUAGUAAGAUCUAAAGUAGUAAAUUUGGAAGUUUGUAAUGCCAAGAGAGAGUUUAAGCAGAGCUGCCAUGGAAGAAUUACUUCCUGGAAAAAUCAGAAAACGUGGGUGUUCCUCAUCAGCAUCAUCAUCUUCAUCAAUUAUUCAGAAUUACAGAUUCAAGAGGGCCAUUUUGGUGGGUAAAAGGGGUGGAUCCAGUACUCCUGUUCCUACUUGGAAGCUAAUGGGAGCUGGGAGAACACCAUCAUUGAGGGCUAUGGAGUCUCCUAUGUAUGCUGGUUCACAGAAUGGAAGUGUUAGGGGGAAGAUGAUGCAGCCGCAACAGGUGGGGCCGGUAUCGGCGAGGAAGCUGGCGGCUACUCUGUGGGAGAUGAAUGAGAUGCCGUCUCCAAAAAUGAAGGAGGUUGUGGGGUUGGAGGAGAGGAGGUUGAGGAAGGAAGGUAGAGGCAGAGAGAGGAUGGGUGCCAGGUCGGUUCAUUCGGGUUCGUUGCCUCCUCAUUUGUCUGAUCCAUCUCAUAGUCCUGUUUCAGAGAGGAUGGAUCGAUCGGGAACUGGCAGUCGUCAUAGAAGAUCAUCAUCAAUCUCUCAAAAGCUGAGGCUUACUGAUUGCCAUAUUGGAGCAUUUGAUUCUGUUAGCAAUGCCAGUUUUAUGGAGAUCGAGACUAGAUCUCGUGCCCAAACUCCUAGUGGAUCUGCUCUUGCAUCAAAGACUCGUUUGAAGGAUGUUAGUAAUGCUUUGACCACAUCUAAAGAACUACUGAAAAUUAUCAACCGUGUGUGGGGUAAUGAAGAUCGGCCGCCAUCAAGCUUGUCUCUUAUAUCAGCCCUACAUGCCGAGCUUGAAAGGGCUCGCUUGCAGGUCAAUCAUAUUAGCCAAGAACAGCGUUCGGAUCAGAAUGAGAUAAACUGUUUAAUGAAGUGCUUUGCUGAAGAAAAGGCAGCAUGGAAAAACAAGGAGCAGAAAGUGGUUGAAGCUGCUAUUGAGUCCAUUGCUGGAGAACUUGAAAUCGAAAAGAAGCUGAGACGACGGCUUGAAAGCUUGAAUAAGAAGCUCGGGAAAGAGCUGGCUGAAACAAAGUCUUCUCUUUUGAAGGCAGUUAAGGAACUUGAGAGUGAGAAAAAAGCAAGAGUUGUAAUGGAGCAAAUAUGUGGUAAAUUAGCAAGGGACGUGGAUCUAGAUAAAGCUGAAGCUGAAGAACUGAAGAGAGAAUCUGUGAUACUUUGUGAAGAGGUUGAGAAAGAACGGGAGAUGAUGCAGUUAGCUGAUGUGUUACGCGAGGAGAGAGUUCAAAUGAAACUCUCGGAGGCUAAAUACCAACUUGAGGAGAAAAAUGCAGCUGUAGACAAACUAAGGAGUCAACUUGAAGCCUAUUUAGGGCCUAAAAAGAAGAAAGAAAAAGGUCGUGUUUCGUAUCAUGUGAAUGAUGAAGACAUUGCAGCUUAUAUAAGUAAACUUCGUUCUGUCUCUCAUCAGAAUGAAGCAAAUAAUGACGACGGAGAAGUAGAAGAUGGGGUAGAAUGCGAGGAAGAUUCAGCAGAAAGCGAUCUUCAUUCCAUAGAAUUGAAUAUGGACAACAUUAGUAACAGCUACAAAUGGCGUUACCCUUCCGGAACUCAUGACUUAAGAAAGGCCGGAAUUGAUCAAGAAGAAACGAAACGGAGAAAGUCUACCUCCAGCAAAAUGCCUAGGAGAAGUACAUCUCUGCAACGAAGCAUAUCAGAUGGAGUUGAAUGUAGUGCACAGAAUAACGAGAGACUCUCCGUUGCAGGAGAUGGAAUAGACUGGGAGGAAUUCUCCGAACUCGAGAAACCUUUGCAAGGAAAAGGUUAUGCAGAUGAUCUGCAUGGGUAUCAAUCGGUGAAAGGUCUGAGGGACUACUUGCUGUCUGGUUCUAGGUUUGAUUCAGUUAGAGGUUAUGCUAGUCCUACUCGACAGCGGACUUCGCGAGAUUCGAGCAAUGCAGCUCAAGAGAGACCCCCCUCCGUGCCAGGGAAAGCCUCAAAAUCAAGGCUUGCAGAAGUCCGAAGUGAUGGUCCUAAUGCAAGAAGAAUUAGGCAGUGAGAAAUAAUGUUUCCGUUGAUCAAUGCUCGGCAUCCCAUUAUUGUUAGAGCUAUUUAAGCUGCAGUAAUCGCUGCUUAAAAUGUAUUUGAAUUUUGGCUAUUAACAAGGACGUUUUGUGACCAUAGAGUACUUGUAGGAAAGAAAGCGGUGAAGCUCUUGCUGCGUCUUUUAUGUACAAAACCUUCUGGCAAAAUUCAAGUUUUAUUGGCAAAA